AUAAUCGAAUAGUCAGGUCUACACCAAACGGACAAAAUACGAGAAGACGUGAAAGUGUGAAAAAAAUAGAAUCAAAAACAAACUCUUUAUCUGAAUUAACCUGUGGUGUUUGUCUAUCUUCAAACAACCCGACGAUACCACAACCACCUCGAGUUUCUGCUCCAAAUGACCGAAGACAAGACGUAUCUCACACAGUAACAAAAGUUGUGAACGACGAACCGAAAUCCGGAAGUUCUAAAAUGGCCGAAACAAAGAAUAUUCCCAAUGGUCAUUCUAUAACAAACGGAGGAAAUGCGAAAUGGAACGACCUAAAUGGCAAUGCAAUAGCAAAAGAUGACGUUGUUGAUGCCACCAUAGUAGCUCGCAGACCGACCGAAAAAACACCGUUGGUGAAUGGAAUCGAAAAACCCAAGUCGGCAGAAUCCCAUACUCCCACUUCUGUCAAACCGAUUCAUAAGAGCUCAUCGACCGAGUCGAAUCACCAGCCUUCGUACCAUACAUUGAGAAACUGGGAAACAGGAACCAGAACAAAUGAUACCUUAUACACCAAGUGUAUGAAAGCGCAAUCGGUUGCCACUGGUUGCACCAGAAACAAAUGCUUAGGAAGCGUCAUGAAUCCUGAUCACAUGUCAAUUGAUCCACGUAAAAACGUCAGGUCGAAAGAAGAAAAAUUAGAAAUGGCUGUCGAUUUUAUAAAACAGUAUUACGGAUCCAUGAAAAGAAAAAAUCCAGAAAUGGAAAAGAAACGUUUGGCAGAAGUUGUCGAAUCAAUUGAAAAAACUGGAAGUUAUCAACUUACCGAAUACGAAUUGAUAUUCGGAGCAAAGACUGCCUGGAGAAACGCACCCAGGUGCAUUGGAAGAAUACAAUGGAACAAAUUACAAGUUUUUGAUUACCGUCAUGUUGAUAACACCGCACAAAUGUUCGAUGCAAUUUGCAACCAUCUUAAAUAUGCUACAAACAAAGGAAACAUCAGGUCUUGCAUCACCUUUUUUCCUCAAAGAACGGAUUACAAGAAAGAUUUCCGAGUCUGGAGUUCUCAGUAUAUAAGAUAUGCAGGAUACGGACAACCUGACGGAAGCAUAAUUGGUGAUCCUGCAAAUGUGGAAUUUACGGAGGUUUGUAUCAAGCUUGGUUGGAAGCCAAAAUUUGGUAGAUUUGAUAUCUUACCUUUGGUACUGCAAGCUAAUGGAGAAGAUCCUGAUAUAUACGAAAUUCCACCGGACUUGGCUCUUGAAGUAAAAUUGCGUCAUCCCAGGUUCAAAUGGUUUGAAGAACUUGGAUACAAAUGGUGUGCAGUUCCUGCUGUCUCAAAUGUUUUGCUGGACAUUGGUGGUCUUGAAUUUCCUGCCGCACCAUUUAACGGUUGGUUUAUGGGAACAGAAAUAGCGAGAGAUCUUUGUGAUGUUGCUCGGUACAACGUACUGCAGGAUGUAGCAGAAAAGAUGAAUUUAGAUACAAGGAACACGUCAUCAUUGUGGAAGGAUAUUGCAUUGGUGGAAUUCAACGUUGCCGUUUUACAUAGUUACCAGAGUGACAGAGUUACGAUAAUGGAUCAUCAUUCUGCGACACAGUCGUUCAUGAAGCAUUACGCCAAUGAAUUGAAGCUACGUGGCGGUUGCCCUGGUGAUUGGGUCUGGUUAACCCCGCCUAUUUCUGGAAGCAUUACUCCCAUAUUCCACCAGGAAGUUUUGAACUAUAUUCUUCAUCCGUCUUGUAAAUAUCAGCCUGAUCCAUGGAAAUAUCAUGUGUGGAAGGGAAAAGUCAACAAAGUAAAGAAAGCCAUCAGAUUCAAAGAGCUUGCAAAGUCCGUGCUAAUUAUGUCAUCCAUGAUGGGAAAGGCAAUGGCGAAUCGUGUGAAAGCAACAAUUUUGUAUGCUUCUGAAACAGGAAAAUCAUUGGAAUAUGCGAAGACUUUGUGUGACAUUUUCAACCAUGCUUUUGCUGCAAAGGUUGUCUGCAUGGACGAUUAUGAUAUUGUACACUUGGAACAUGAAACUCUUCUGUUGGUUGUCACAAGUACUUUUGGAAACGGGGAUCCCCCUGAAAAUGGAGUAAAUCUAGGUCAGACACUAGUGGAGCUAUCAAAACCAGAAGAAAGCCAGAAACCACGAAUGCAACGACUUCUCAAACGCUCUUCCACCGCUCCAGACAAUUUGGGAACUGACAAAACGAGAUUCACCAGUAUUCACAAUGUAACACCUUCUGUAAGACGUCGAUCAUCAGUUGCAAUGGAACCGAUUGAUCUCCCCGAUAUUGGUGAAGCUACCGGUCUUCUUGCUAAUUUACGAUUUGCAGUAUUUGGUCUUGGAUCGAGAGCUUACCCACAUUUUUGUGCAUUUGCUCACGCUAUCGACACUUUACUCGGAGAACUGAGUGGAGAUAGAUUGCUUGAAAUUGGAGAAGGCGACGAAUUAUGCGGACAAGAAGAGAGUUUCAGAAAUUGGGCUAAGAAAAGUUUUUCAAGUGCUUGUGAAACAUUCUGCGUUGGUGAAGAUGUCUCUGUGGAAGCUGCAAGUGCGUCAUUAGCUGGUCAAGACAGGAGUUGGAGUCCAAAUAAAUUCCGGAUAGCUGUUGAUCCGGAAGAUGUUGAGGAACCAGCGUUGUUGGAAGGGCUCUCCAACUUUCAUAAGAAAAAGGUUUCCGGCUGUAAAUUGAAGAAGCGAACAAACUUGCAAUCUGGAGAACAGGAUCGCGGCACCAUCCUUGUUGAAUUCGAUUCUUCAAGUUCUUCUGAAAUCAAAUAUCUACCAGGCGAUCACAUCGGAAUAUACCCCUGUAACCAAACUGAAAUUGUUGACCGGAUUCUAGAGAGACUUCACGAUAAAGUGGAUGAAAAAGCAUUGAUUCAACUACAGAUAUUUGAACAACGAACGACGCCUCUUGGUGUUAUUAGCAACUGGCUGCCAGACAAACGUCUUCCUGCCUGUACAUUAAGAACUGCAUUUGAGCGUUAUUUCGACAUUACAACUUGUCCUACUCCACAACUAUUGAAAAUAUUUGCCGAUUGCGCUGCAGAUGACAAAGAGAAAGCGAGACUGCUAGAGCUUUCAGAGGGAAAGUCCGAAUACGAAGAAUGGAAGUUUCAUUUUCUUCCAAACUUGGCAGAAGUUUUAGCGGAAUUUCCUUCGGUGCGAGUAGAAGCAUCUCUUCUCUUGAGUCAACUCAGUCCUUUGCAAUGUAGAUAUUAUUCAAUAAGUAGUUCUACUGAUGUAUAUCCAAACGAAGUUCAUUGCACAGUUGCUAUUGUUAGCUACAAUACCCAAGGGGGAUCGGGAACAAAACGUCACGGUGUAUGUUCGUCUUAUUUGAAUAGAAUGGAACUUGGAUCGGAUAUUUGCUGCUUUAUAAGGCCAGCCACAAGCUUCCAUCUUCCGAAAAAUUCUUCUGCCCCAUGUUUAUUGAUUGGUCCGGGAACAGGAAUCGCUCCAUUCAGAAGUUUCUGGCAACAAAGGAUGUACGACAUUAAACAAGGAAAACAAGUAGGAGAAGUUGCUUUACUUUUCGGUUGUCGUCACCCAGAUCGAGAUCAUUUAUAUAAGGAUGAAAUACAGGAGGCUAAGAAUUGUGGAGCUAUCACUGAAUACCAUACGGCUUUUUCGAGACUUCCGGGACAACCUAAACAAUAUGUUCAGCAUGUUUUGAAAGAACAAUUAGCUGAUCUAGCAUACGACUGGCUUUUAAAGAACAGCGGACACGUCUACAUAUGUGGUGACGUCACAAUGGCUGAUGACGUCAACAAUGCACUAAUGGAAGUUUUGGAAAAGAAAGCAAACAUUAGCAAAAAGGAAGCUAGAGAACAUGUGACUAAAAUGAAGGAGGAAGGUUUAUAUCAUGAGGAUAUUUUUGGCGUCACCUUGAGGACGUACGAAGUAAACAAGAGCGUGCGUCAGCGCCACGUCACUUCGAAAAAGAAAUAAAAGCAUGGGAUUGUAUCUUCACGAGGAUGUUUUCGGAUACACUCGUUACACUCCCAAAUCCAGAGUGAUUU